ACAAUUCUAAAUAUUUCUAGUUGACGGUGUAAACUACGUUGUGGAAUUGUUUAUUGCAAUUUCAUUAACUUUUUUUAUGAAGGCAUUCAUGACAAACAUUCGUUUGAUGUUGGAUCGAAAGCGUUUAAUUUAAUAAAAUUUUGGAAUUACAUUUAGGAAAUCGGAGUAUGUUUAAGAAGAGGAAAUCGAGACCAAGUUCAGCCAAGAGCGAAACUUCUAUUGAAGAAUCUGUACGCUCUUCCUUGCCUCUGCCAACGAAGAGCGGGCGUCCCCUUUCGUCUCAUUUUCAAAAUCUUAUUCGGUCACCCUUCUCGUCGAAGAGACGACAACUCCCCGUUCCACAAGUUGAUGUUCCAAAAACUGCUCCAAUAACGACAACAGCGGCUGUUACAAAUUCUACACAAAUUAUAACCCCCUCUGACGAACUGCAGAGAAGGAGUAGAAUACCUGUUGCUAAAACGGCUACCAACAGACCUAGGAGUCUACCAAAUGUAGAUCAAAUAGGAGUCAGAGUAUCGAAUAUAUCAGCAUUUGACGGACCACCAACGCCUCCAAAAUUACAAAAUCUGUUGGAAAACGAGUGGAAAGUAAAAAACAUACAAGAAUGGAAUAUAGAAGACGUCGUUAAUUGGUGCUUGGCUACAGGACAAAUUGGAGCUGUUACUUCUGUCAGAGAAAGCAAAGUCAACGGCGCAUUGUUAUUAAAUCUAAAGCGAGAAGAAUUAUGCCAAUUAGGGAUAAGCCUUGCUGGAUUAUCAGCUUUAAAGCAUCGCCAUUCAGUAAAAAAGUCUUUUGAUUCUCUAUCGAACGAAGACAACUUAGAAAUAUCUGGCUCCCUCAUACAAAAUCGUUUAUCGGAUUUACGUAAAGCUUCAGAGGAUCAGGAUAAGAGGAUUAACGCUUCUCUUACAGAACUACAAGAAGAGAGGCGUAAAGCCGAUGAUCUUUUACAAGAUUUUCAACCAUACGACGUGUUUGCCUCACCAAGUUUCGGCAACAAAAACAUCGAACACUUUCCAAGCCCCAAUAAGAGUGAUGACGAUUUAAAAUUCAGAGGAAAACCCCUAUCAAAUUGGACUCGUCAAGAUGUAAAUAACUGGUUAGGAUCGAUCAAACUUGAAAAAUUUUCACCGAAUUUCCGUUCUAUUUCCGUUAAAGAAUUACCAUUGAUUGAUGGAAAGGCAUUAGAUAAGAUGAAUAUUAAAAUUUUAUCUUACCGAGAAAAAAUAUUAGUUGAGUUAAGUAAAUUAAAGCAUUUAAAUGGCCUCGACAAGAAAAUGAUAGAAGAGGGGGUGGAGGAGGAGGUGGGGGCGGCGGAAGAGAUAAUAACGAAAGAGGGGGUGGAGGAAGAGGAGGCACAGAAGAAUGAGGAGGAAGAGGAGGAAGAGGACGCGGAGGGGGGAGAGGAAGAAGUUGAAGAAGAAGUAGAAGCAGAAGAAGAAGAAGAAGAAGAAGAAGAAAUAGUAGGAGUAAAAAGGAUAGUUCAGGGAAAAUACAUGGAAAAGGGAAGUCUAAAAAAAUCCUUCAGGCCAAUGAACUGGGUGGAAAUUUGGCAUGAUUUUGGUGAUAAUAUUCCAACAGGAUCGUUAUGCGCUGAAAAAUUUGCUUCAUUAGAAGAUACUACUGCUAAGGAAAUUGUAAACAAUCUCCUUAAUAAACACAACGUUACGCAUGAUUUCAAUUUAUUCUAUCUUUCCGAAUGGUUCGUAGAAGGAGCUCGUCAAGGAGCUCAUCGCGAAUUAAAUCCCAGCGAAUCUCCCUACAAGAUACAAAAAGAAUGGGGAAGAAAUUCCAAGAAUCGCUUCCUAUUACGUCACAAAAAUGGUGCAAGCGUCAAAAUUAUUAACAAAAUUGAAGGAGAAAAAUCUAGAGGGAAACAAUUCAGCGUCUCUUUUGUAUCAACUUGUAAAGAUGUUAUUAUGACGGCAUUAAGGAAAUUUAAGAUUGAUACAAAGAAUAGCGAAGAUUACGUUCUAAUACAGAUUGACAAAGAAAAAUCAGUAUAUUCUUUGGUAAAAAAUGACGAAAUAGUAUUAGAUUUGGAGAACGAUUCAUUCUACUUGUGCGAUAAAUCAACAGCUUCGAACCUCUUAGCCAAAGCGUCUAAAAGUUUUUUACCUUCGCCAGUCAGACGAUCAAAAUUACAUACUGUUGAAGUUCAAAUGGCUAAUAUCGAAGCGUCUAUUUUGGAUUGCGAUAAGCCAUUAAAGAGGACAUCUUCAAAAAGAUUUAGGCCGUCAACCGCUGAACCCCAAUUACCUAAUAAAAGAUCGAUUACACCAAUAUUCAUGGAGAGAACCAGUACCCCAAUUAAUUCUGGACGAACCACACCGCGACUUAAUCAAACAGCUGACGACCACUUGGAAGAGGAAUUCGAUUCUUUACAGAUUUUAAGGGAAAUUGAACUGUUAAAAGAAAGUAUUAAGGAACGAGAUAAAAAUAUGCUUGUGCUUAAGGAAGAAAAUUCUAGAUUGUUCUCAAAAGCUGAGGAAGUUGUCCGGGUGGAAAGAGCUCUUAAUGCUUUACAAGACGAAUUUGAUAAACAGCAACGUACUUUCGUUAACGAAAAUGCGACAUGUAAAAAUUGCAUUGAACAAAGUAAAAUUGAACGAAAGAUAAUUGAACUGGAGAGGCAAUUGAAGCAUGUUUUACUAAGAAUCGAUAGGAAGAAGCGUAACUCCCUAAAUCUUGGAGGCCAUAACGACAACGAUUAUAAAGUUUUAAGACAAGCUGAAGGAAUGAUACUUGUAGACUUGGAAAACGCUAAAAAAGAACUCAAUUUAUUAGAGGUUAAACAAGAAGGUCCCCGACUGGAAAAUGUCCUAGAAGAGAGAAAGAUAAUAGAAAUUGUGAAUCUGGAUACAAGUUGUGGUUUACAAUUUAUGUAUGGAAGAGAAUCUAAUCAUCAUCUUAUAGUACAUCAUGCUCAUCCAGAUAGCAAUUUAGCUAAAAAUGACCUAAUACUGAAGAUUAAUGACAAAUGGAUUUGUACAAUGAAAGAUGAAGACUUAAGAAACAGUAUGAAAUCUAAAAACUUGCAAUUAGUCAUUUUACGCAGACAAGAUAUUUCUGAGACGGAUUUAGAUGAUCUUAGAGAAGAUUUAUCAAUGGCUCUUAUUGAAUUGGAAUCUGUAUCAAACGAGAAUAAAGAAUUAUCAACAAAAAUUAUAAAAGUUGAGGAAGAGAAAGAUAAAAUGGAAUUUGAGAUUCGAACGUUAAAGCAUAAAUUAAAAAAGUUCGAAGAGGGUAGCGCUUUUGAGAUUGAUAUCGUUUCAGGUUCUAGCGUUGAAAGUGCAAUAUAA